UAUUAAGACCUCACAAAUCGCCUCCACAUCCACAUCGUUUUGGAGAGCGAGAGCGAGAGAGAGAGGGAGAGAGGAGCGAGAAUGGCGGAGGCGGUGGUGUUACUGGAUGUGUGGGUGAGUCCUUUCGGGCAGCGUUGCCGGAUCGCGCUGGCGGAGAAGGGGGUGGCGUACGAGUACAAGGAGGAGGACUUGGCCAACAAGAGCCCGCUGCUGCUGCAAGCCAACCCCGUCCACAAGAAGAUCCCCGUCCUCAUCCACGACGGCAAGCCGGUGUGCGAGUCCCUCGUCAUCGUGCAGUACAUCGACGAGGUGUGGUCCGAUGGCGCACCGAUUCUGCCGGCGGACCCCUACGCCCGCGCCCAGGCGCGCUUCUGGGGCGACUUCGUUGACAAAAAGAUCUACGACUGCGGAAUCAGACUGUGGAAGCUGAAGGGAGAGGCCCAUCAGGAGGCCAAGAAAGAGUUCAUCGAGAUCCUGAAGGUCCUGGAGGCUGAACUGGGCGACAGGAAGUACUUCGGCGGCGACGCUUUCGGCUACGUCGACAUUGCGCUGGUCCCCUUCUUCGCCUGGUUCUACACAUACGAGACUUGCGGUGGUUUCAGCGUCGAGGCGGAGGCGCCGAAGUUGGUUGCGUGGGGCAAGCGGUGCAUGGAGAGGGAGAGUGUUUCCCAGACGCUCUACGACCCGCUCAAGGUCUACGAGUUCGUAUGCUCCUUGAAGAAGAAGUACGGAAUCGAGUAGACGAGUAAUCCAUCUGGAGACAGUGUUUCUGGACGCGUUUCCUUUAUCUUAGUCGUAAUGGUCAAUGUACGCCAUGGUUUGUGUCACGUGUUGUCUGGCUACUUCGUUGUAAUCGCGCUGGCUGUGUUUGUGGUCCGAGGAAUAAAAUCGACGUUCGCUCA